AUGACAAUCGGCUGGGCCCCCAUCCUGGCGCUUGUCUUGAUGCAGGUGACCGGCGAUGACGAACGGGAGGGCUCGAGCGAAAGCGAGAUGCAGGAGUCGGACGCCAAGAAGAAGGAGAAGAAGGCCGGCUGCUCAAAAGAGAAAAAGGAGGGAAAGCCCAAAGUCGAGAUCAAGCAGGACAUGAUGAGCAAGUACAACAAAACACAUCAUCAGCCGAGCGUCUCCACUCAGAAGACCGCCCACCCUUUGCCACGCCCGCGUAUGCUGAUCAUGUUCCAUCGAACGCUGAAGCAAUACGCUGUCACGCUGGAGACAAUUCAUCAUCUGCUCCUCGUCAGGCCCUGGGCAUUCGGUUUCGUGAGCAGGCCGUACACGCUCACCUUUCUUCCGAUCCAGAACUGCUCGCUGACGAUGCACCGCGCCGCCAUGGUGCUCCUCCCGUUCACAAUCCCGGAACUGCCCCACUUCGUCUACACCAGCAUGCCGCCACAAGAACUCGGUGAAGAGACCCCGCCUCGAGAUGGCAACGAUGAAUCGGGCGGCACGUCAUACACUGAUCUGGGGCUCCCAGCUGAAGUGCCCGAAUGCUACGUCUGCGACUCGGAACCGGGCACCCUCGUACUGCUACAGCAGCGGAUCGGAGUGAAGUGUCUCAACGCGCGAAACUACUACCUCCAGAAGCCGCUCGAGAAGCGGGCCCACAAGAAGAAGUGCCCACACAAGGACUUUGACAGCUCCCAGCUGCCAACGGACCCGGAGCUGCGACGCACCACCUUGAGAGAGAGCGCUGCGACCGGGUGUGGCUUCUGCCGCGUGCUCGUCAUCCAACAGCUCCAAGUCUCCUUCGCCAUCUAC